UUCUAUAACAUGUUGUGUUUCCACAUUUUCAUUGUCUAGCUCUGAUGAAUUUUUAUGUUCUGCUUUUACAUGGGAGCAAUACUGGUAUUCAAUUAUGCAAUAAUGCGAGCAUAUAGGUACAUGGAUGACAUCUAUGAUCGGCCGUGGCGCGUGGACAACACUUUGAACUUGACAGAUUGGCAUGUGUUCAAUAAAUCUGAGGAUAUUGAUCCCCAAAGCACAAAUGAUUCUUACAGAUUACCAGCAGGAGUUCUACUAUCUGCAGCCAAAUCAUCGAAUCGCUCCUCUGCUUUAAACUUUGACUGUUUUUCUGCAUGGGGGAGUCCAUUUGAAUAUUCUUUCACAUACUACGUCUAUUUCCAUUUUGCUGAAAUUGAGCAGCUUCCCCAUGGGCAGAAAAGAGUAAUCGAUAUUACUGUUAAUGAUGAAAAAUUCCUCCCAAAGCCCAUAACUCUUGAAUACUUGAAGCCUCAGACCGUUUUUGCAGUUACAAAUCAAAGUUGUAUUCGUUUCAGCAUAAGUGCAACAUCAGAAUCUGCUGCGCCUCCAAUCCUCAAUGCACUCGAGGUUUAUCGAUUAAUAUCACCUCUGACUUUACCAACAGACCAAAGAGACGUGGAUGCUAUCUGGGACAUCAAAAUCGCAUACAAAAUCUCUAAAUUGGAUUGGCAAGCUGACCCGUGUAUUCCCAAUUACGCAUGGGAGGGACUUACGUGCAGUUCUGGCACCAGCCACUCUUACGCAAGGAUCACCUCAUUAAACUUGAGCACGAGCAAGUUAACAGGACACAUAGCUAUUUCAUUCUCACAGCUUACGGAGCUAGAGUCCCUGGAUUUGUCAGAUAAUAACUUAUCCGGAACAAUACCAGAAUUUCUAGCUAAAUUGCCGAAGUUGAAAUUCCUUAAUUUGAGAGGCAACAAGCUUACUGGUUCAAUUCCAAAUACUUUAAAGGAGAAGUCAGAUUUGGAAAUGAGUUUGGAUGGUAACCCUGAUCUUUGCUUGACGGAUCGAUGCAAAAAACACAAGUUCGCUAUUCCCCUAAUACCCUCUGUCUCUGCUUUGAUUGUUGUAAUCUUGGUUUUGCUUGGAACAUGGAUCUUUAGGAUAAGAAGACUGAAAGGGGAUUUUACUGGGCAUGAAUCAUCAAAAUUAAGAAGUAAAGCAUUUUCUUACUCCAACGUUCUUGAGAUCACUAAUAACUUACAGAACUUAAUUGGAGAAGGAGGAUUUGGAAAGGUUUAUUGAGGCACUCUUAAGAAUGAUACUCAAGUUGCAGUAAAAUUACUUUCU